AAUGCGGGGUUUUAACUGUGGGGACACUCCUUCAACACUGACACUCAUCACCUACCAUGGCUGGCAAGCCUAUCAUUGGAUGCUACAACCCAAAUGUGGCUCCCACAAAAUUUGUGAAGGGUGGUCAUAAUGGGGAGUACUUGAAGAGUGGUGACAAGCGCAGGAGUAAGUAUAGCAGAAGGAAGAGAACCAAAAAAAUUCCUGUGACACGUUCAAGUUCACCAAUAGUACUUUCAUCGCCCGAGGCAUCAAAGGCAAUGCACAGAGUGGUUCAUACGGAGCUGUCUACAGUGCCUGAAUGCAAGAAUGAGAUCAUUCCUGAUUCCGAGCCUGAGGGAGCAAUAUGUCCCUUGCUAGAUCCUUUGGAGCUCAUGGCAUGUGACAUGGAUCUCACUGUGAGCUCUCAUCUGCUGCUUUAUGAGCUGGAAGGCCUCCAACAGCGUUUUGACCCAAGUGUUUCCACCAGGCACCUUCGGAUGGGAUUGAAGAGUGCACGAGAGGCUGUGGAGAAAUUGGAGCAGCUCGCAGAUUGGAUGGAUACUGCUGACUUGAUGCAGUGGAGCAGGGCAGUGGAGGCGCAUCAAGCUGUAUGGGCUGGUUGGAAAGAAUUUCAGGAAAGACAGUCAAGUUCGCAGCACCCAGAAAGAAAUGAUAAUUAG